AUGGCAGAAAAUACACCUCAAUCGUUCCAAUCUCAUCAAAUUAAUGAUCCUAACCUGUCAGCUAGGCUCGGUCGCUACUACAACCUGACGAACAAUUUCACAACACUUUCACAAGUUACAAAGUUACAAGAGGUUAUUCGGAAAGAUCAUAUGAAUACUGAACAAAGGCUGGAGGAAUUCAUAAAGGAAAGCCAUGAAAAACAUAAUGAAGACAUCAGGAAGGUAGAGUUGAAGAAAACGAACCUAACAUCGGCGUUGACAAACUUUCAUACAGCAUUGGAGCAUAUCUCAAUAUCUUCCAAUAAGAGUCUUGAGCUAUCAAAACGGAUUAGGACAGUUGAAAAUGAACGUAAUAAAGUUCAGAUAACUUUGAAGUUUAUUGAAGAUUGUAGACUUUUGAAGUCAAAUAUAUCCGUGAUACAGAAUGCUCUUGAAGACAAAAACUAUCACUUGGCUGCAGAUGCUAUUCAAGAGAUUCGUGGACUACCGCCUCAAGUAAUUAGGUCAGAAUUUGCUAAUAGGGUUGUGCCUUCUAGUGAAAUACCAGAUCCUCCGGCUCAAUUGUUGGACGACUGGACCAUAAAAUUAUCAAAAAUAUUCCAUGAACAGUUCUUGCAUGCUUCUAGAGUCCAAAAUAUGGAACUUUUAACCUCUUAUUUCCAGCUUUUCCCAAAAAUCGGUAAUUCUGAAAUGGGCUUAGAUAUCUACUCCAAACAUGUCUGCAAUAUACUUGCAGAACAAAGCCGUAAGAUUAUGAUGGGCCAGAUCGAUAAACCUCAUAUGUUUUUCUCGCAGGCUUUGCUUCAUUUAUUCAAGACAGUUUCUACUAUCAUUAAUGACCAUUCUAAGAUUAUAACUAAAUCGUACGGUGCCCAAAAUAUGGUCUACGUUAUGGACAAGAUUCAGAAGGAGGCCGAUUUACAAGCGGGGCUAAUAUGGGAUACAUUUAUGGAUACAAGGCGAAUGGACAAAUUACUAGAUGGUAUAAAGAUCUGGGACGAAUCUCGAGGGCAAUGGAACAAACAACAGCAUUUUCAACAGGGAAGUGGACAUUAUUCGGCGGAACAGGACCUGCCUUGUACUCUGAAUGAGUUGUCGUUGCUUGUCAGUGAAUAUUCCGCAAUUUUGCAGAACUGGUCAAUGUAUUGUAGGUUCUUUGCCUUAAUGUGGAACGAAUUCUCUGAGAAACAAGUUGAGUCAUUAGAGAUUCCUGAUAUCUUAUCAACUGGUAAGUUUAACGAAAAAGUAAUCAACUCCUUAGGUCAAUUCGAAAUUCUGGUUAAACACCACUUAUACAGAUCAUUUUCCAAGGCUGUAGAAUUAGAAGAACUUCCAUCCUUGAACAAUUAUUUGGAAAAUACCGAAUAUAAACACGAAGAUUUAUCUAGCUACCCAAUUAGCUCCAUUUUAGAAGAUUUGGUUUUAUUCCUAAGAACUAACCUAAUUGCAACUGUCAACACAGGUCAAACCACUCUCUUAUCUCAUUUCUUAGGCAACCUAAUGGGCUUUAUUCAAUCCGAGUAUUUAAUUAAGGUUUUACAAACGAGAUUGAAAUCAAUUCAGCAGCGGUUAAACUCAUCAUUAACUUUGAAAAAAUAUAUACCCCCUUCAGAACAGACACCUGUUGUGUCAAGGUCUGCAUCACCGAAGCCUCAAGUUCAAGAUACUGGUAGCAAGCUGUCACAAUUUGGGUUUACAUUUAAGAGUGCUGCUACCAAUACAUUUACGAAUUUGCAAUCUAAUUUGCAAUCAGUUUAUACUGAUGAAGACAGCAUCUUGAAGUUACAUCACUGUUUGAUAUACAUCAACACAUUGUCCUUGGGAGAUAUAUUUUUUGAACGAUUACUAAUUAAGGAGAUUCUACAAGACCAGCCUAAACUAUUGUCAAACAAUUUCCCCUUCAAAGAUGAUUCAAAACGAAUGGCAGAUGCAUUAUCUUCACUCUGCAAAAAUAUACAAACCCAAAAUGGAAAAUUAUUGAGAUGGUCGCUCAACCAACUGUUUGAAAACUUGUUGCAAGGGAGGUUGAAGAAAAUGAUGAGUCCACUUUUCAGUAAUGGGAAUGAUGAAGAGUAUAUAUGUACAGCACAUGACUUUGAAAACUUAUCAAAACUACAUCAAUUCGUUGUUCAAUGGAAAACUUUGUUACGCCCAUUUCAAAAUGUCCUGCACAAGGCAACAUACACAAACUUACUAACUAUAAUGGUAGACUGGUUAUGCCAACUAAUCGAAGAUAGAAUCUGGCAAAUUCGCUGCAAUGAGUUGGGUGCAUUAAAGCUGGACAGGGAAUUAAGCAUUUUUAUCACAACUCUAUGUGAACAGCAAUACUUCCUCCGGGAAAAGUUCACUAGAUUAACACAAAUCAUUCUCAUCUUGGGCUUCGACGAUGAUGACAUUGAUAUAACAACACAAGACAUCAAAGAUGAAACUCUUUCAUCUAUAAAUUGGGUCCUGAGUUCACAAGAAAGGAUUAACGCACGGAGUUUGCGCAUGGAUACGAGAAACUAA